AGAGCGUCACGAGGUCGGUCGCUUGACGCACUGAGCUGCGCGCGCAUCGCAUAGCCACUGCGUUUUGUAUGUGUUGAUCGUCGCAAGCUGGCUGCUUGUGUAGGAAAACAAGACCUUCCCUCCUCCCUUGCACUCCUCCAUGAACACAACAACGGACGAUGAGGUGAACUGCUGAGAACCCGCAGGGGGGUGUCUUUGAGGAACAUGAACGGUUCUCUCGGAGGGCCGAAGAAAACCGCAAUAUGUCGCUAUUUCGCCACUGGAGGUACUUGUUUUUACGGCUCCGAGUGUCAGUUCCUUCACGGCCCCAUGAACCCCGCUUGCCUCAACACUACUGACCUGUCGUCGCUGCGUGAUCCUCAGCAGGGCCCGUUGGUCCGAACACCCGAAGGCACAACGAGUCCGGCCAUGGAGUCUGUUUUCCAAGCCUUUUCACCGCCAUCCACUCUUCCAGCAGAGUCAAAACUCAAAACAUACAUGAACAUCUCCCAACGCACAAUAUCACCUUCUCCUUUGGACAAAUCGAGGAUGUUUGCCUCUUCAAACAGCAUUUCACCGAACGAAAUUACAAAUGCACUAUCAUCCCUAGCAUUGGACUCUGCAAGGAAGACUCCCAACCCCACCGCCGCGGAGUUCGUUCCCAUGAACAGCUUGUUGGGCCCCGGCCACCUGACCCACAGCACAAGCACACCUUCCUUCUCACAGUUCUCAGGCAACCCUAACCUGACCGCCGGCGGGACAUCCUUCGGACGGCUGGCUCCCGAUACACCCCUGGGCUUGGGCCUGGGCAAAGUGGAGAGCCCCGGACUGUCCCCCGACGGUUCGCCGCUCGUGAGCCGGCGAAGCCAGUCACCCAUGUCGCUGAGCGGUUUUCUCAGUGGCCAGCGGGAAUCCGCGCCCACGCCAACUGUCUAUCAGGAAUCCCUGGGCGGCACGACCUACUUCUACCACCAUGACGAAGCCAACAGCUCGACAGAGGAGGGCCAGCCAGUCAUGGUACCCGAGUACCAGGUGUACCCGGGCAACCCGGCGCACGUAGAGCAUAUGAAGCCCAAGGCCAACGCCCCUUCCUUCUUUCUUCCCGACGAGCUCAGAAUGGACAUCUUGCAUCGCCAGAGCUUAACCCUCGGCCAACGAAACCCUGAAGCCAAUCCUGACUUGCCAACGGAAGUGGACACUUACCACAACCUCUGCCUCUUGGAGGCAAGUCCUACGAACGGCCCGCCAAAAUCGAACACGUUUGGGUUUGUGACAUCGGUCUACAAGGCCACCAACAUCAAGAACGGCAUCUAUUAUUGCCUGAGAAGAGUUCACGGUUUUCGUCUGAGUAGCACUAAGUGCAUGUCUGUUGUGGACCUCUGGAAGAAGUUGCAGCACUCCAACAUGGUCCACCUUCGGGAAGUCUUCACCACCAAGGCUUUUGGAGACCACUCCAUCGUGUUUGUCUAUGACUAUCACCCCGGUGCGGACACGUUGAUGAACCAGUACUUCAGCCAGUCGGCCGGUGCUGCGCCGGCGCUGAACGGGUUCUGCCCUCCCAUGUAUCCGCAGACGGCCAACGGUCUCACAAGGCCCUUCCCGCACGGGAAGUCUGGGUUGGGCUCUCUACGGCAGCAUGCGGGCCUGCUCCCCGAGAGCCUGAUCUGGGCCUUUGUGGUGCAACUGAGCUCCGUGCUGAGGACGAUCCAUGCGGCGGGCCUGGCCUGCCGCUCCUUCGAGCCCAGCAAGAUCCUGGUGAUGGGCAAGUCCCGGCUGCGGCUCAACUGCUGCGGCAUCAUGGACGUGCUCACCUUCGACGCGAGCGUGCCCAACUCCAAGGCCCUCGUGCCCCACUACCAGCAAGAAGACCUGGUAUCCUUGGGCAAGCUGGUCUUGGCCCUGGCCUGCAACACCAUGGCAGCCAUCCAGCGGGAAAACCUGCAGCAGUCCAUGGAACUGGUGUCUCGGAACUAUUCCGCCGACCUCAGGAACCUCAUCUUGUACCUGUUGUCUUCUCCGCCUCGCACGCACAGUAUUAAUGACAUCAUGCCCAUGAUUGGAGCGAGGUUCUACACGCAACUGGAUGCCGCCCAAAUGCGCAGCGAUGUUAUAGAGAAUGAACUUGCGAAGGAGGUGGAGAAUGGAAGGUUAUUCCGCAUGCUCAUCAAACUGGGCACCAUCAGCGAAAGGCCAGAGUUUCAUCUGGAUUCGUCGUGGUCUGAAACCGGGGACCGGUACAUGCUGAAGCUCUUUCGAGACUACCUCUUUCACCAAGUGACCAAGGACAGCAGGCCGUGGAUCGACGUGGCACACGUGGUGCAAGCUCUGAACAAGCUGGACGCAGGCGUGCCGGAAAAGAUCUGCCUCAUGUCCAGGGACGAACAGAACGUUCUCGUCGUAAGCUACGCCGAGCUCAAACAAUGCCUCGAGUCUUCGUUUGGAGAGCUCCUGUCAGCUGCCGCCGUGGCCCCUCCCCCGGCACCCCUCCCCCCUCCCGCAGCCAAUCAGCAUCCACAAUGACCGUUCCCCUCCCUCCCCAUUGGUCGCUGCCUCAGACGCACAAGAGUUUCAGGGCUGGAGCGGAAAUCGAGUCCCACGUUCACAUGUCGUCUCGUGCUGUCGUCCGCCGGUUGAUUACCGGCCGCAAGUGCCACGCGGGGUGUGGGGCGGUGAACCAGUGACGUCUCUUCAUCAUUGUUUUUCUUUCUGAAACAAGUUAACAAUGUUGUUAUUGGGGGCCGGUACCGCCGGUACCGGACUGCUUGUCAGUCGGGAUGGUGUGCGGGUGUAUUGCCCUUUUUAGAUGGUGGCACCAAUUGUCAGUUUUGGAUCUGGCAGUGGAAUGAGGCUUACCGGUAACCGAUACUACUGGUCGCGUCUACAAGCCCCAGAAAAAUUAGGCAUUCCGUCAUUUUAUGCGGUUUUUUCUUUUUCGGCCUGAGAUUACCGUAAAAUGCCGAGCAUCUGUAUCGUAAAAUUUUGCGGAUGCUCUGCAUUUUGUGCCCUCCUCUCAAUUUUGUACAUUCGGAAAAUACAUACAGGGCAUAUCUCAACAUAUUGUUGACCUAAGGAGUGCCCAUCACCCAGUCUUACACGAUUAUCUCCAAAUUUUAAGUGGGCACUUGCUCAGGAUUUUACGGUACUAGAUGUUUUUGACCUUUGUGUGACAUUUUGUUCUGCGGAGGUCAAAUUUUGAAAUUGAUUUCUUAGGCACAUCUCAACUGUACAAGAUAUUUUUUUUUUUUAGCUCUUCUGUUUUUACCAUGCCUUUUUUGGGGGCCGACCAGGUGAUGUCACUUCGGUACUUAAUGAUAUGUUUUUCAUUGUCAAAGUGGAAGUGGUUUCGUUUACUUUUAUCGGGUGCCAAACAGCGCAAUUGGCAGGCGUGUUAGCUAAGAGGUUUUUGUUUAGUCGAGUCUCCCGUUGAUUGGGCGGUUGGCUCCAUGUCAGUUUAAAAGAAAGAAAAGAGCAGAAACCUACUUACUGUACUUUUUUCUUUCUUUUUUUUUUUUUUGAGACUGUUUAGAGACUUUUCGAAGACACUGUUUCAAAACGAAAAUGCUUCGCAGUUUUAGCCAGACCUCAAACGAAGGCCUCAUUCCUUUAAGUGGGCCGCAGCGGUGGAUGGCCUCUUUUUUUCUUUCUUUCUUUCAUUUACAUUUCAUCCUGUUACUCAGAGUCAUCUAUCGUUCUUGCCGCAGAGACACUUCCCUACGUAGCUUCGUUGGAGAAACAGUGUUUGAUGUUAUCUGGUGUCGAAAUGUUUAUUUUCCUUAGAACUCGGCGCAUUCAGCAGCAAAAGGGCAAGCUAAUUGAAUGGAGGCUCCGAGCGUGCCGUAAUUUGCGCCGUUACGUCAAGAAACGGGAAGAAAUUCCAACCCUUUUUCCACGUUCGAGUUGGUUGCCAGUGGAUGCAAUUUACUGUCGGGGAAUCGAUCGAAAUCACCGUCUUUUCGUCGAGCCCAGCUCCGCUUGUUUGUCACGAUGUAAGGCAUUUAUUUUUUUACACUGGGGUCGAGGUGCAAAAGGCUCGGCACUUCGAAGUUGCCAUGUCGACCGAAAGAAAAAAGGAAAGUGAAUGUGAUGAAUUCUAGGUCCAUUGCUUUUAUGUUCUAUUUUUUUUUUUUCUCGCUCUUGCUGGUGAAGGUAUUUGGUAAUAGAAAAAGGUUGUUUCGGACCUUUCUAAACUUCUCAUGAACGAAAACCGCCGUUACACACAAAAGCAGUUUGUUCGAGACGUAUACUCAAGAAUAUUAAAAAAAAUAUAUAGUUUUUCUUGUUUUUUUUUGUUUGGUUGAGCAUGCAUUGGGGGAGAGAGAUGCACAGUUACUUAGGCUGGUCUUAAGUUGCUCGUUAUAAUGACGAGCUUCGACUUUUCCCGGCAAGACACAACGUUUCUUCCGUACCCAAACGUGCUAAACCUUUCUGUCGUCUUUUUUUUCUCUCUUACUUAGAAAGGCGCUUUCUGUUUUGCAAAGCGCUUUCGACGUUGUCAAUUUUUUUGUUGUUGUCAUCAUUGUCUUGGAAAGUCGAACCUUCCUGGUAGUAUAUCUGGCUGUGUUUUCUCCCCAUCUUUACAUGGUUAACUUGUACAUAAAAAAAAGAAAAAAGAAACAAAUGCCUGUACAUAAAGUUGACUUUUUUUUUUUUAUGCCUACAUAUGCACAUGUACCUCGUGGACCUAAACCCCCAGUAAACUGCACACUGAUUCCCCAAUCAAAUUCAAAGCGGGCCAGGGGCAGCGCUCCAGAAAACAUCCUUAAUCUCAUUUGCGGCAUCCACAUUUUGAGAUGUGGGGCUAUUUGGUUGUGUUGCAGUUCUUCCCCCCCCCCUAUCACAUUCUGUACAUAAACUCAUGUUUGUAUGUGUACAUAUAUAGGUAUAUACGUUAAGUUUUGGAGCAUGUGAGGACAAUGAGCUUGCCUUGUGUGGCACGUCGGGAAUGUGACGCUUAAUGAGAAAAGCUUAAGAAUGACUGAGACGACGGGGUCACUAUCAUAGUUUUAGUUCUUCAAUUUUCAUAGGCUUCCUCUUGCGCUGCCAGUGGAGGGCUCACUCUUGUUUUUUGUUUUUUUCCCACUUUCUAGUUUUUUUAUGCAAACUCUUUCUCGAUGUUGAAGAAGCUUUGGAGUCUUCCCUGAUGGCUGGUAUUCAGCAGGUCCUGCGGCAUCUCAUAGCUACAUCCAACAUACAUUCCAAGCAGAAAUCUUAGGUGCAGUGUAUUUUUGAGCAGGUUUUUUCAGAAUCAAGCUUCAAACUGUUUCGUAUGGUAUUGAACUGGAAGGAUUUUUUUGAAGAAGUGCUUAGCAGGGGCACAUGUGGGUUUCAACAACUGAAAGAGAAGGGCGAGCGCACAGGCAAGAUGGUGAAAAGUUGAGAGUUGACAUAACCUGAGACAGGGAAGGAUAAGAGACGUACAGAAGGAAGGGACAACACACAACGUCUCCGAUCACAGCUAAGAGUUUACUCAACGCCGAACCCUUUUAAAUAGACUGGACACUUCAGUCAAAGCCAGAAAACUGGCAUUGAUUGAGGGUGUCCUGCCCCUAUAGAAGGGUUCAGUCUUGAACAAAACUGUUAGCUGCAUUCAGAGACAUUGUGUGUUGUCCCUCUCUUUUAUAUAUAUUUGUUUUCUUUCCCUAUUUUAGGUUAUGUCAAGGCCUUAAGAAAUCUGUUUGACGAGAAUCGAAGUAACUUGUACCGGUUUGAUGACAUGACCGAGUCCUGCCGACUUGGUUACCGUUUGAACGUGAUAGAGGGUAUUCAUAGGACUGGUUUUGUUAUUUGCAUUCCAGCUAAGUUGGUUAUUACAGGGAUGUGGGUCGAACUGAUGUGAGCAUGGGCUUGAACUACACGAAUGCAGGAGUGUAGCUUUGUCUCCUAUGUGGACUUUUAUUUUUAGAGUGGAGCUAUUCUGAGAAUCCUCCAAAGCUUCUUCACUGGGAUUGCCAACUGAACACUAUGUUCUUUCUUUCCUCCGCCAUGGGUGUUUCUUUUUUUUUUUUUCUCCUACAGUACAAGAAAGACGAGUAUUUGAGUGAGACGAAAAAUAGGGAGGGCAGAUUACUGCGAAAAAUGGGAAGGAAGUGUCUGGUUUCGUUUUAGAGAUGUGUCUUGCUACAAAUGUAAAUAAGUGGUAAAUUUUUUGUACAGUCUCUGUAAAAGCUAUUUUUUAUUGAAAAAUAAAGUUAAAAACCACGACCACA